CCUGCGCGAGCUGGUAGCUGCGGGCAGCCGCCGGGCUGGGCAGGGGUGGCGGGGCCUGUCGACGGCGGCGGGGGAGCUGCCGGCCGCUCAGAUAUGAUCCUGAACAUCAUGAGCAUGUGACUUCAAAAAUGGACAACUGGAUCUGUUACAAGUUGUAAUUGGCCUUAAGCUGACUUAGAACCAUAGAAGAACUUCACAGGAUUUCUCUCAUUCCUGUUUUACGCCUAUCUGUUUGCCUCAAACCACCAGCUUAAUCAUGUACGGAAGUGCUCGGUCGGUUGGUAAGGUUGAGCCAAGCAACCAGAGUCCGGGGCGUUCACCACGGUUGCCACGAUCACCACGCUUGGGCCACCGUCGAACGAAUAGCACGGGGGGCAGUUCUGGAAGUAGUACUGGGGGUGGCAGUGGGAAAACCCUUUCUAUGGAAAAUAUUCAGUCUUUAAAUGCUGCCUAUGCUACGUCUGGCCCUAUGUACCUAAGUGACCAUGAAAACGUGGGUGCAGACACCCCCAAAAGCACCAUGACCUUGGGCCGAUCUGGGGGGCGGCUGCCUUAUGGUGUUAGGAUGACUGCAAUGGGUAGCAGCCCUAACAUUGCCAGUAGUGGAGUUGCCAGUGAUACUAUUGCAUUUGGAGAGCACCACCUCCCUCCAGUGAGCAUGGCAUCCACUGUGCCUCACUCACUGCGCCAGGCAAGGGAUAACACAAUAAUGGAUCUGCAGACACAACUCAAAGAAGUGUUGCGGGAAAAUGAUCUGCUUCGCAAGGAUGUGGAGGUGAAAGAAAGCAAGCUGAGUUCUUCCAUGAACAGUAUCAAGACCUUCUGGAGUCCUGAGCUGAAAAAGGAGAGAGCCCUGAGGAAAGAUGAAGCUUCAAAAAUCACUGUUUGGAAAGAACAAUAUAGAGUUUUACAAGAAGAAAAUCAGCACAUGCAGAUGACUAUUCAGGCUCUCCAAGAUGAGCUUCGGAUCCAGCGGGACCUGAACCAGCUGUUCCAGCAAGACAGCAGCACUAGAACCAGCGAGCCUUUUGUGGCAGAGCUCACAGAGGAAAACUUCCAACGGCUUCAUGCAGAGCAUGAACGCCAGGCCAAGGAACUUUUUCUGCUACGUAAAACCCUAGAGGAGAUGGAAUUGCGUAUUGAGACGCAGAAACAGACCUUAAAUGCACGUGAUGAGUCCAUCAAAAAGCUGCUGGAGAUGCUGCAGAGUAAAGGUCUGUCAGCAAAAGCCACUGAGGAAGAUCACGAGCGAACAAGACGGUUGGCUGAGGCAGAGAUGCGUGUCCACCACUUGGAGAGCCUUCUGGAACAGAAGGAAAAAGAAAACAACAUGCUGAGAGAGGAGGUGCAUCGUCGAUUCGAAAACGCUCCUGACUCAGCCAAGACAAAAGCUCUGCAAACUGUUAUUGAGAUGAAGGAUUCAAAAAUUUCUUCCAUGGAGCGUGGCCUCCGGGACUUGGAAGAGGAGAUUCAAAUGUUGAAGUCAAAUGGAGCUUUGAGCACAGAAGAACGUGAAGAGGAAAUGAAGCAAAUGGAGGUGUACCGUAGUCAUUCCAAAUUCAUGAAAAAUAAGGUAGAACAACUGAAGGAAGAGCUAAGUGCCAAAGAGGCUCAAGGGGAGGACCUGAAAAAAAGAGCGGCUGGUCUUCAGGCCGAGAUUGGUCAGGUGAAACAGGAGCUGUCACGCAAAGAUACAGAGUUGCUCGCCUUGCAGACAAAGCUGGAGACACUCACAAAUCAGUUCUCAGACAGCAAGCAGCAUAUUGAAGUUCUGAAAGAGUCUCUUACAGCUAAAGAGCAGAGAGCUGCCAUCCUACAGACAGAGGUGGAUGCAUUACGAUUGCGUCUGGAGGAGAAAGAGACUAUGCUAAAUAAGAAGACAAAGCAGAUUCAGGAGAUGGCAGAAGAGAAAGGGACUCAAGCAGGAGAGAUCCAUGACCUCAAGGACAUGUUAGAUGUGAAGGAACGCAAAGUUAACGUUCUUCAGAAGAAGAUUGAAAAUCUUCAAGAACAGUUAAGAGACAAGGAGAAGCAGAUGAGCAGUUUGAAGGAUCGAGUGAAAUCCCUGCAAGCUGACACCACAAACACAGACACUGCCUUGACCACGCUGGAAGAAGCCCUUGCAGAAAAAGAAAGGACCAUUGAGCGUCUGAAGGAGCAACGAGACAGAGAUGAACGAGAAAAACAGGAAGAGAUCGACAACUACAAAAAAGAUAUUAAGGACUUGAAAGAGAAAGUCAGCAUUUUACAAGGAGAUCUCACAGAGAAAGAGACAUCACUACUGGAUCUGAAGGAACACGCCUCAACUCUAGCUUCAUCAGGACUGAAGAAAGAUUCAAGACUUAAGACACUGGAAAUUGCAUUAGAGCAGAAAAAGGAAGAAUGUUUGAAAAUGGAAACUCAACUGAAAAAGCACCCUGAAGUUUUAUUGAGCCAUUCAUCCAAGCUAGCUCAUGAGGCAGCACUGGAGGCUAGGGCCAGCCCAGAGCUGAGCGAUCGUAUGCAACAGCUGGAAAGUGAGGUAGCUCGAUACCGGGAAGAAUCUAGCAAGGCUCAAGCUGAAGUGGAUCGUCUUUUAGAAAUCUUGAAAGAGAUGGAAAAUGAGAAGAAUGAUAAGGAUAAGAAGAUAGCAGAACUAGAGAGGCAAGUUAAAGAUCAAAAUAAGAAAGUAGCAAAUCUGAAGCACAAAGAGCAAGUGGAGAAAAAGAAGAGUGCACAGAUGCUGGAGGAGGCCAGGAGAAGAGAGGAUAAUCUCAAUGACAGCUCCCAACAGCUUCAGGACAAUCUACGUAAAAAGGAUGAUCGGAUUGAAGAAUUGGAAGAGGCACUCAGAGAAAGUGUUCAGAUAACUGCAGAACGGGAAAUGGUGCUAGCACAAGAGGAGUCAGCCAGGAUCAAUGCUGAGAAACAGGUGGAAGAGCUGAUGAUGGCCAUGGAAAAGGUUAAGCAGGAACUGGAGUCAAUGAAAGCAAAACUGUCCUCCACGCAGCAGUCGUUGGCUGAGAAGGAAACCCAUUUGACCAACCUACGAGCAGAGAGAAGGAAACAUUUGGAAGAGGUUCUAGAGAUGAAACAAGAAGCCCUUCUUGCUGCCAUUAGUGAAAAAGAUGCCAAUAUUGCUCUGCUAGAACUUUCAUCCUCUAAGAAGAAGACCCAAGAUGAAGUGGCUGCACUGAAACGAGAGAAAGACCGCCUAGUGCAACAGCUCAAGCAGCAGACUCAAAACCGCAUGAAGCUGAUGGCUGACAACUAUGAGGAUGAUCACCUCAAAUCCUCAUCCCAUUCCAACCAAACCAACCAUAAGCCCUCCCCAGACCAGAUAAUUCAGCCCCUCUUAGAACUUGAUCAGAAUCGCAGCAAGUUGAAGUUGUACAUUGGACAUCUGACAGCCCUCUGCCAUGACCGUGACCCUCUGAUUCUGCGUGGACUCACCCCACCUGCUUCCUACCACCUGGAUGAUGACCGGGCAGCUUGGGAGAAAGAGCUGCAGAAGAUGACUCAGGAGCAGCUUCACGACGAGUUAGAAAAGGGUGAGAAGGAGAGUGCGGAGCUGCAGGAGUUUGCUAAUGCCAUCUUACAGCAAAUAGCUGAUCACUGCCCUGACAUCCUGGAGCAAGUCGUCAAUGCACUCGAGGAGUCGUCAUGACCUCGGCCGCCAGCCCCACUGGAGCAGCACACCCCGUGGCCAAGCCCAGUCAGUCCAAGGAGUCAUGAGAAUGGAGAGGAAUGAAAGACAGAAAACAGAAUAGAAACUUCUGGUGCACCUUUUGCAAAGAAAACAAAAGCAAAAAAAACCCUCUAAAAACUACGUGCUCCCUAGGUUCUUCCAAUCUAUGAUUAAUCAGUCGUGAUUGCAUUCGUCUUCUCACUGCCUUUCUACUUUAUAAUCCACUUCCAUGUCAAUUUUGUUGUUGGUAUUGUGACUUUUGGAUACAGUUAAGCAGAACUCUUCCAAGUCUAUUAAGCAAAGAAGAAGGGAGCCACUGAAUCCAAGUAGCUCUAGUUGAGGUUGUGGAAGGGUAGCCUUUGCCUUUUAUUCCUUUAUUGCAUCUUUUUUUUUUUUUUUUUUUUCCAUAAAAGCUGAAAGCCUGAAUUUCAUAGUGCUAAAACCUAAAACCGAGUGUGCUGUGAUUAUGGCUCAUGAUUGGCCAGCAUUAGCUAGCUAGCUCAGGUCUCGCUGCCUGUCUCAGUGUUUCUUAUGUUCACAAAUAAGAGAGAGAGGAAAGGAAAGUUUCCCUAUUUGGUCCUGUAACCUACUUCAUCUAGCAGCUGGGGAAGAAGGUAGGCAUAUUGGUACUUUCUGUUUACUUUGAUUUUUAUUUUUCAUUGAUCAGACUCUGAAGUGCUAAGUGUGGCAUAUUUUCAGAUAAUAGUUUCCGUCUAUUGGCUUCUUGAGUUUUUUAGCUGAGCUUUCCCAUCAUGGGUUACAUCCCCUGCAUCUCUUAAGUUCUUAUUUUAUAGAGAGCUGUCUUCAAUCAAGCAGGUGUGGUCAAUAGGUCACACACACACACGCCCCAGACUUACAUAGUUUGCCCUCAGAGAUAAUUUUUCAGGCAAUCGCUUUGUGAACAUUAGCUGCCAUCAGAAUAGUCUUAGGCAUUUCCUCCAAGAGAGAAUUGCAUCAUUUAGCUUAAAUGUAUGAUUUUAACACUAAUUUAGGUAAGCUGGUAAAUAGUUCUUGCUAUAAUUAUAAUUUAAUUUAUAAAUUGUUGGUUUAGCUUAGGUUGACAAGGAGUCAGUUUGAGUUCAGAGCAAUUAUUUAUGCUAUUUAUGCUAUUCAUAAAAAGAGCAGCAUCUCUGCUGGAGUUGGCAUCCAGCUGAAUACAUAGAUAUAACAUCACAGCUUUAGUUAAACCAACACAGUUCUUAAUAUAUAUGAGGCCUUGGUCUUGCUCCCAUCAGUCUUUGACUCUUUUUAAAGCCCCUGCUGACAGGUAACAUGACCUCCAACAGCAGACCGGUUUGUCAUUGGGGUAACAAAUUGGAAUCCCAUUUUAUGAGUAGGAUGUGGGUGUUCAUUCUGGGACUCUGCAUUAAUGGGAGGGAUGUGUGCUUUCCUGGCCACUAACAGUUGUAUGUGUCUGGGGGCACCUGCAGGACAGAACCCUUUAACGUCUCCCCAGAUGCUCCUUAAAGGAAUUAUUCUCCUUUAGCUUUCUCAUAUUACUAAAGAGAACAAGAGGAGGAGGAAAGGAGAGCCACCAUGGACACAGCCGUGGGAGGAAUCUUGGCUUGCUAGUCUCUUUUUUCCUAAUUAUGAAUCCCCUGAGUCCUGCAGCCGUUGCUGUAGCUCUAACUGGUUUUACAAAUUCUAGAAAUAUCAGCUGAUCACAGUGUCCAUAGUCCAUCUCUCCGUAAACCUCCCAUUCAGAGCCUGCAGUUUAAUUUCAUAUAACUUACUAUGUUUUGAGCUUGAUCACUAAACUGUUAUGCUAAGUAAAAUGUUUCAGUCACUUUCAGGAAAAUGUCAUUUCUUUGUCUUUUAAAUGCACAGCACAGCUCCCCGUAUGUCUUUGUUUUAUUUUUAUCUUUAGAAAUGACUAAUUUCUUCUAAUGGAAAGAAGAUCAGCAAAAGUUUGAGUAAGUUAAAUACACCCCGUUUUUCUCAAACCAGCCCUGAAAAUUGAGCAAGAUUGACAGAUCCUUUCUAUGCCUAUAUAGACUAUACUGAAAACUAAUUGAUUUAAAACAAAUCACAUCCAAAUUCAUUCUACUUUAAUGAUUAUCAAAGAAUAUAGUGGGUCAUCAAAACUCUGCAGUAAACAACACCAUCGGUAAAAUCUUUUCUGGCUAGGGUAGCCAAGAGAACAUUUUCACCUGCGGUCCUCUUCAGAAGAAUAAGCUAAGUCUCUAAAACAGAGGUGAUUCACACCUUUGGCAUAUUUUGAACUGCCAGUGCUUUGCAAAUCAUGAAACAUAACUUUAGUUCUAGCUGCAGUAUAGCCCCUGUCUGCAGCUUUUUUGUUGUUGUUGUUGUCAUGGAACAGGAGAGUAGUGGGAACCUGACCGUUUGCGAGAGGGAACUACCGGAAGGCAAGUAGACAGUGACUGUACAUACCAGCAAGCCGUGCCUCAUACCAGAGCCACCCCCUUGGCCCUCUUAUUUGAGUCAGCACGUUUUGAUAGGAGCCGUUGUUUUGAAAUCUUCCCUCUUGCUUUUUCUUCAUCGCCCCUAAUUACUCACGCAAGGAAUUUAAUGCUGCCUGUAAAACCAUCACAGCCAUCAGCCUAACAUCAUCGCACCACCACCGCCAAUCCUGGCUAUCUCAUUAACUUAUAUGGUCAAAUCUCCAGCUGCCCUGGUUCCCUGCUGUAAAACAAUCCCUCCUCUCUGAGAAGCUGUGGAAUUUCCCUUAUCGAUGGUUCAAAUGACUCCUGCUUGUAAACCUCUUACUGAGAUGGUCCUCGAUAGUGUUUCUGCUGUAGGGGAAGGGGGAGGGGAAGCGGUGGUCAUUUCUGGCUGUUACUUCAGUUCUGCUUGUUUACUGCUUUGCCCAGGCAUCACAGGAAAAGUUGGGUUUUCAGUGCUGGUUCUUCUGGGUCUUUAACUCGGCUGCCAGCCUGUGGCUACGUUUCUAGAAUUGAAAGUGCCUCAGCAAAGGGCAUGUUGCUGGCUUGACAGCGCAUGCAGGACCUGCGCAGUUGAAACCACGUGAAUCGCACUGUUUACAUGUCUCCCAGCCUCUUCCUUGAAAGGAUUUGUCAAGCCUGGCUAGUUUUCACGCUGGCCAUUUGGUCUUUAUCUCCGAGCUGCACACCUGCUGUUCCUCCCAUCUGGCAUAUUGGGCCUUUGCAAUUUUCCUCAUUAACUACUGUUGCCUUCUAGGGCUCCUAGACUUAGCCAUCUUAAGCAUUGAUCUUAGACCUCAGUAAAGGGCUUUCGGGGAAAAAGCAUCUGGCAACAGACUUGAUCUAACUUGAUCUCCAUUGAAAUAUUUCAGAUAAACUUUCGAUCCUGCUUAGAUAGAGAUCUUGUCAUGUUGAAUAGCUUGAGGAACUAUGUGGUUUGGGAGAUGCUUCUGGCCAUGAUUUAAUGCUGAGUAUGACCAGUGAUGGUUUUUCUUUUCACAUAUAUGGAAUACCACACCAUUGGCCUUAGGUUAGGUGAUGGAUUUUGUUCUCAUAAUCCAUCAAGAUGUGGCAUAUCAGGCACAUGACAGAAGGGGCACGUGGCACAUACUGGAAUGGUCAUCCAAUUGCCCAGUCCGCUACAACUCUUUCAAAGACUUAGAUGUCAGCAGCCAGGAAGACCCAUACAGUUUCUUAGAGCAACAGCCAUACAAUGCAGUAAUAAUUCUAGGAAAUUCAGGUGCCUUUCCUGCUUCCUGACCCCAGAGUCCAGUUCCCAGGGAAUCUGUGAAAACUUGCUUUUUCUCCUCCUGUUUAAUGAAGUUAGAGUUGCUAAGGGAGUUAUGAAAGUUUUAAUUGUUUUAAUUUUUUUCGUUUCAAACUGUUAUUUGUAGAGAACCUGAGAGAUGUAGGGACUUGAGGAGCUCUCUGUAGAAGAUUUCAAGUAAGUUAUUUUAGCUGGGUUUUAGCUAAAAAAUAACUCAAGCCAGAAGCCCAUGUACAAUGUAAAAGCUGACUCUCCAGCUAUGCUUGUUCGUGAUCUCCAGGAGUCCAAGGUCAUAUUUUCCUCUGAAUCAAACCUCAUUUGGAAACACUAAAAGGACUUUACAACACUAGAAUUGCAGCGUGAGAACAUUAGCACUGUUUUGUGAUUGGAAGAAGAAUUGCCUGGAGUGCGUCCCAAACGAAACUCUAAGCUUCUGGUAUUAUCUCUCAUUUUGACUGCCUUUAACCAGCUUUCCCGCUAGGAAAUGCCAAACCCUCCUUGGAUUAUCCAUUUUUUGCCAAGUCCAGGGGAUGGAAGGUGACGGUCCCGUGAUGCACGAAGCUGUACGUGCCGUUUCUGAUCGUACUGCCGGAAUAUACCUUCUCUGUCAGAUAGUCUGGUACUCUGGGGCUCUCGGCACUUUGCACAAAGGAGCGUUAAUGUCAAAGAUCCUGUACACAUAGCCCUACUUGCUGAGCCAAGGGGCUUCUCUUUCCUUUUGCCCCUGUAAUUCCCACCUGUUCUGCUGCUAAUGCUCAAUUUGUUGGGAAAUUUCCGCGUCUGCUAAAGGGUUGACAGGGCUGCGUCCCCACUCCUGUGGCCGCUGAGGGGUUCUUUGCAAAGGGUGCAGAGAGCCAGCGUGCCGAUACCCUGGUAAAGUAAAAGUUUCGCUAGGUCGGUGAUGCACAUCAUAUUCCUCCAAGACUGAUGAAAUGAAAAGGGAAAUAGUACAGUCAAGGCAUCCGAUAGUGAAAGAAGCCUCUGCUCAGCUCCCCAUCUGCACUGACAACGGGGAACAAGGGAGAGGAACGGGAGGGUUACGGAUAACUAACACUGCCCCAGCGAAGCCAGCGGGGUGGGAGGGUCAGGCCAAGAGCGCCCUGGGCUGCCGCGGCUGGCAAGAGCGGCUCUCGGCCAAGCUCCCAGUCCUGGCAGGGCGGCAAGGAAUACGAGUGCCGGGGUGUUUUUUUUUUUUUUUUAACCGAGCAAUGUUUUUUAAUUGUUUUUUCCACAUAAAUGGAAGGAACCUUACACAACAAGCAAAAUCCUUCUGAACAAAAUGGCUGUGUCUGCUGACUAUUUUUUAAAAAAAAAACUGUUUCAAAACUUUUUAGUGUCAAAAGCGUAAACACAAAAAUCCUGACUUUUUCCAGUGUGUGUGGUGAGUGCUGUAACCCUGUCAUCAGUACCUCUCCUGACUUUUUCAGGGGUGUUUUUUUCCUGUUUUGUUUUCUGCUUGUUGAUAUUGUCUGUGUGGUCCUAAGGCUGGGGCAGUUACCAACAAUGUGUGUCUGUUGUCGGAUUAAAAAAGAUAGUAGUAGAACCGAAAAAAAAAAUGUGUUUUAAAAAUAUAUAAAAAUAAAUUUCAUCAAAAGGAAUUCAAGUAAAGAACAACAAAGCCAUGACUCCUCCUCUCGGGAUUGUACGGCAAAGGAUUUGUGGGCUUAUAAUUAUAACCAGUUGCCUUUAACAGGCUUUUGAGGUCCAAGACAGCUUGGCCUUUUAGAAAAUGCUACGAACUCUGUAGUUUAAAGUCUUGCUUUCCCAGUUUUAUGCUGUACGUGCUACACAUGUAAUACAGAAAUGGGGAAAACGAAAUGGUAUUUCAGAAACUGGUGUUUCCCUGUAACAGUUAUCCACGCUGGUUGUCCCCUAUGCUCUGAAAGUUUGAUGAAAAUGGCCAAAUAUUUUUGGCCAGAUUUUCACUGUUUUCUGCAUUACAUCUGUAAAUGCCAGGGACACGUGCAAGCAUAGAUUGCGUAGUACAGUUUUUAGCUGCAUGCAGUCCUUUUUUAAAAUGGUAUCUCUUGGUGUCCCAUAUUGGUCACAUCUCCACGGUUGACUGUGUAACAUGAAAGGACAAGCAGCUGCCUCUGCUGCCAUCACAUCAAAGAUUGCACUGCUUAACAGGAGCAAUGUGAGGAUAAGCCGUCAUGCACCGUAAACAAAAAACCCACACAAGUCACUUUACCUGUGAUGCUAGGUAAAGAAUUUCAUUAAAUGCAUGUAUUUUUUUAUAUUGGAUUUAUUUAUCACGCAUGCUAUUUGCCUGCGUUUUGCACUUUUAGUUUGGCUCUUGAAAAUCAAGUGGAUCAGUUUUGCUUUUAAACUUCUUGCAUUUCCACUUUAAGUUCUGAAUGCUGUAGUGGGUUUUUGUUCAAAACAUGGGGGCUUUUUUUCAUUCGGAAACUGAAAAAAAAAAGGAUCUCUUUAUCACCUGUGUGCAAUCUCAUACAUUGUAAACCGUGAUCAUCUGAUUUGGAGCCAGUCUCGAGUAGACAUUUCUCCCGUAACCUACCCAAUCUUCCCAGCUCUCCGUGGACGCGGCUAAGUCUGUGGGACCGCUCCUUGCAUUUCGCUGAGCAAAAUGUGGGAGGAUGCCUGUCCCCCACGCCUGCUCGGAGGCAGCUGCAUUUGGCCCUUACUGAAACGCUUGUUACGGUGUAGCUGGGAACGCUGUAUUGGCAAACGCUGUCAUCUGUGCAGAUUCUGAGGGACAAUGAAUCCAAUGGGACCAUGAACAGGGGGAUAAUUUCUGUGCUUGUCUAACAUGCUGCUCCAAGCCCACUGAAAUAGUAUAUUGCUGUUUCCCUCCAAGUCAAUGAAUGACGAGGGCCACACACCAGGUUCUGGUUUACAAAUUGUUUAUGGGGGCAAUCUAGGGGAUUGCCCUAAGGAGUGAAAAAAGAAAGAAAUCUGUGGGGUGCUGCAUCCACUCUACAGACGUGGAUCCUUCAUUUGCUUUGGAAGAGACGCGUUGCACUUUAGUGGAGGGGGAGCCGGGCUUUGGAUGUGGGAUCUCGUGUACUUGAAUUCCUUUUCGAAAUAACAGCAGCGGGAGACAUUGGUGUCCGUGAUGCAAGUGCGCACGCUGCCUUCAACUUGUAUGUGUUUUAUUGCUGGAGUCAUGUUACUGACAGGAUAAUGAAAUUGCAAAGAAAAUGUGUUAUAUUCAACUUUGCCUUGAUAAUAUAAACACUUUGUUCAUUUUUUCUUCUUUUUUUAUUCACAGACUAAGUUCAUCAGGAAAUUAUAAAAUUAUUUAAAAACUC